CGGAUUAAAAUAUGUUUUCUUGUAAUUAAUUUUUGAAAUAAGAGAAUAGAUCUUGAUAUUUUAUGUGAUAUCUUUCCAGGUAUCUGAAAAGUGCUUUCAUAUCUCACUUUAGUAAUGUUUUUUCAAUGCAAACCAUAGCCACAUUCUUUCACCUGUCUUCUUAGGACUUAAUCACUAGUCUCCCGUAAUCCUCUUAGCCAUUUUCUGAAUCUACUCCAAUUUCUGUUUCAUUUCUAAAGUGUGUCCAGUGUCCACACAAAAAAAUGUGGCCACUCCUAACCCUCAAUCAUUUUCAGCACCAUUUGCAUAGAUGUGUAUGGGUAUACCAAUGAAAACAUGCAAUUAUUAACUAACGGUCAUUGAUUCAAGCAAGCCUGCAUAGAAAAAGCACAAAUACGAGGUACAAUUAAGUAGUAUAGUCUUGUCAUUGUACAAAAUAAAUUCAACUAAAUUGUUUUUUAGCCUCACUGGUGCAAAAUUAUAGCAGAAACAAGAAAAGAAAGAAAAAGAAAAAACUAGUCAUACUUUUCCGCAUGUGCAUGAAGUUAUUGUGGUUGUAUUUAAAAGUCUGACAGCCCAAGGAUAGAAACUAUUUUUAAACCUUUAAGGAAAGUUAAGUGUUCGUUUUACUAUUUAUCUUAACCAGAAAGCAACGGUCACAUGCUUAAUGUUUAAUUCUCCAAAUUAAAGAAUUUAAAUGUGCAUGGAUUGUGCACAUCAUUCAGAAGAAUAUUAUGAUUAUAGUACCAUAAUGAGAGAUAAAAACCCAUUAAUCAAGUGGGUGACUUUAAGCUAAGCAGUAUUUGCAGCCUAAUCUAUUUUAUGGGGUUACUGUGAGGAUAAAAUGAAUAAAAUAAAAAUAAAUAAAAUAAUAAAAUAAACAGGCUUCCAUGCAUACACAUAUUUAUCAGGGGUAAAGCAAGAGUUAUAAAUACAAACACAUUCAUUUUCAGCUAGAUUUCUAUUUCUUCUCACUGUGGAGUAUUCUGCACACAGAAAAUGAGUAAGUUUUGAAGCAUAAAAAUGCUAGAAGAACCCAUUUAAUUAUCCCUCGAUAAAUAAAAUAUUACAAAUCAAACUUGAACCAUUGGAUUCUAAUCUGCAGCAAAAAUGGAGAGGAUCCUUAAUACAAUGGAACCCCAUUUUCCCAUGGGAGAGGACUCCAAGUUUACAGAUCCCAAAUGCUUCAGCAUUAAAACUGGUGUGUUAACCCACCCACUCACCCUUUUUUAAAGGCAUUUUAUUUUAUUAUCUUACCUAGUUCAGUAUUCUUGGACUCUGGGCAAAAAGACUACUGUAUGCCAAAAAUGGAAAGGCAUUUCGAUUCUCACCAUGGAUGAAUGGCUACAGAAGUUGAUGGAGCUGGCAGAGAUGGCUAAGUUUUGGUUAAAUAAAAGAAUACAAGUACUUUUCUUGUUAUAUGGAGACCGCUUAUGGACUUUGUCCUUGAGGUGGAAAAAAUUAAAUUUUGGUUUUGGGUUUUACUGAUUAGAUUGAUUUGUUUUAUAGAAAUGACUAGUUUAUAUUAUUUUGGAGAAGUAUUCUACUGCAACACAGAGAAUCGGAAGUCAACGCUUUUUCUCUUUUCUCUCACUCCCCUUCCCCCCCCUUUCCUCUUGUGUCCUAUUAUUCGCUUUCAUAUUUUUGUAUUUUAUUCUAUAAUGUAAUAAAAAUGUUUUUUUUAAGUAUUCUUGGCCUCUAGAACUUUUAAGAAGUUAUCAGCACAGGCAGCUUUCACGAAUCGUUAGCGUCCGUCCAGAGACCGCCAUCCCGACAGAGUAGCACAGUAUUACUAGCCGCGGUCAAAGUAUUCAACUCGUAGUUCGUGUCUCCUCGGGCAACUGCGCAGUCUAGACCUUCAGCCUGAAGUCUAUGGGGAUUCUGUCAUCCUGGUCAUUGUUGUGUACAAGUUGCUUUUUUAAAGAGGCAACUGGACUUUCUGGUUUUUAUUUUUUAUUUUGACAAGCAUGUAUAAUAUAACAAAUAUUAAGUGUAAGCAUGAUUAUGAAAACAGGAAAUGGAUACGAAUAAGUGAGGAUAGUUAUUCCUUGAAGACGAUCUCAUCCAAGAAGAGCUGAAGAAGCUUCGUUGAUGAGAAGCGAAGCGUCUUCAAAGCAAAUCUAGAAAGUCCAGUUUCCUCUUUAAAAAGCACCUUUGGGACUUCAGCCUGAAGGCAACGUCCGCCUUUCGGAAGCGUUCUCGAGCAUCCCUUCCCAGGGCUCGGCGCCCGCGACCGCACAAGGAGCUCGCAUUCCCAGAGGUCUUUGCGGCCCCCCCCCCCCCCCCAUGCGCUGAAGCGCAGCGACGGCAAACAGUCGCUAGACAACGGAGGGCCGCCGCUUCCAUAGCAAUCAUUAUACACGGGGAGGCCGCGUCCCGGCUGUCGCGCGGUUUGCCUCCAAGUCUCGCGAGAACCGCGGCCUUCCUGCCUUUGAGAAGCCAUCUGGGGCGCCGGGCUGGCAUGGAGGGGGGCGAUGGCUGCGGGGAGCAUCUCUUCUCGUUGGAGCUGCUGGUGGAGUCAGCGCGCGUGCAACCCCGGCUACUGCCGUCGCUGCUACCGGACAGCGGGCCCUUCCUGCCGUCUGUGGCUCUCCGGCUGCUGGAUUUCCCGACCCUCCUGGUCCACGCCCCGCGGGCCGCGUCCUGGCCAGUGGUACUCUUCGGGCGGGGCAAGUCGUGCCUCUUCAGGCUGCGGCCGGACGCUCUGAAGGGCCUCUUGCGGCGCUCUCCGCUCCACGCGCUGCUCCUGGCGCUGCCUCCCAACCAGGGUCCCGCCCGCCUGCUCGGGUCGUCCAGCAUCUCUUUGGCGGCCGCCGCCGAGGAAUUGUUGCCUGGCUCGGGGCCGGCGACUGGAAGGGGCCACUUCCCGGUGCGCGACCUGCUGGGAGAACCAGUGGGGGAACUGGCGCUGAGCUACCGUCUCAACAGCCUGGGCUCCUCGGGCCUAGAUCACUUCGAUCAAGGGGCGGCGGUGGACGAAACCCUCUCUGGAGACUGUCCGCGGAGGAGAACUGCGGAGCCAAGGCUCAGUCUGGAGUUCAUCUCGGAAGGAGAGGAGGAGCAGGACCCUGCCCCCAGCCGGGGGUCCUUAAGCAGCCCUGAUACAGACCCAGAGCUCUUUUCUGGUAGCUCAAGCGGAGAAGAAAUCGCAGGAGAGUUGGACAACAAUGCCUUUUAUCCCCCACCAAUGUAUUACAGUCAUCAAACAGAAAGUUGCUUCCCCAGCCCUAAAGCUGCAGCAAGAGUGAUAAUCAUGGCCGCUCAAGAUUCACUUCCCAAGGAAGGAACUUCUUUACCUUUUGUUAAGGAGGAGCCUGUAGUUAGUACUGAGAAGGCUCUGUCACCCUUACUCGGCAACAUACCAACGCCGAGUUCUUCAGAACAGCUCAGGCAGACUUUAACUCAGUUGCCUCUACUGAAUGCUUUGCUGGUAGAACUCUCCUUGUUAAAUAGCCAGCCCCUACCACCAGGACCCUCUACUGUGCAUCCUCAGUUGGCAUGGCUAUAUCAAAAUGUAGAAGAUGGUACAAAAAUCUUACCCUGUAAUGGUAAGAAUCUGUGUGCCUGCUGGGAUGAUAAGAAGAACACCCCACAUCGCAAAGAAAGAGGAAGAUCACCUAGUCCUAAAUUAAAAAGAAAUCGCCCAGAUCAUUUAAAAUGCAUGUCUCCUAUCUGUCCUGGCAAAACCUGUACAAAACCACUAUACACUGACAGACCUGUGAGCCCCGAAAAAGUUAAUACCAAAGACAGUUCUCUCACUAGAAGGAAAAUCUCUAAUGGGAUGCAGAAUACAUUAAAGCUUCGUGUUCAGCGAUCCAGUCCAGGUAUGUUGAAGGUUCAUGAAAAGAGAGAACAUCGUCGUAAAAAACUUGGCGACAUAUCAUUUGAAAAAAAAGGUAAAAGCUCUCUGACUAAAGAAAAAAUAUUCAAGGGUUCCCUUGACUAUCAUCCAAAGUCUUCUGGGCAAUAUGAUGAAAAAAGUAUCUAUGAUCAAAAUGCUCAAAUUAAUGAAAAUGUUGAGACUUUAAUACAAAGCAGUGUUGGCCGAAAUAGCUCUAUGACCACAAAGAAAAUAAACACUCGUAUUACCAAAAAAAUUGGAGCCAGUUGUAUGAAGAAUAAAGACAAUGCCAAAGGGAAGUACUUGUAUGAAAAUGUUGAUUCUAAUUAUAAAGAAAAGAGCUUGGAAGUCCAUCUGCCAAGAGUCUUUUUACAGGACACUGAAGCCCUUGAAAAUCCAGUAGAUGCUGAGAUAGAAAAAUGUUUGCAACAUGAUUGUAACAUUCCAUAUAUAUAUAAAGAUAGACACACCAACAACUUGGAAAAGAGUCAUGCACAUCAGAAUUCAGAUAGUUUAGUAGUUACUUCUGAAAAUGCAGCCUAUUCAGAAGAUUUUACCAGUAUUGACAGUUGUGGUGAAAGCUUUGAAGCUCCAGAGAACAGUCCUGGACCUUUAUCUAUAAACUCAGAUCACAGUCAGUCAGGCAUGGACUCCAACUCUAAAAAUUCCAGAAGUCUUCCUGCUAAAUGUAUUUCACCUCUUCUUCCGAAGGUUUCAGCUAUAUCUCCUGUUCAGACUCGUAAAAAGACAUACAACUUAAAAUCUAACAAAAACAAAUUAGGCAUUGGAUUGAACAUAUUUGAUGAUGAUUCCCUUGCAAGAACUUUAAGAGGCCAACUUGCAAUUCAUGAAAAGGAAAAAGUUAUGCAGACUUUUGAGGACGAACGAAUACAGCCUGAUAAAAAGUGUAACAUGGUAAAAAGCCAGUCACCUCUAGAAAACAGCCAUUCUGCAAGGACAUCUCAAGUUAGUUCUUACUUGCCCUCUAGUAUGUCUGACCUUGAAUUUAGUGGUCUAGAAGAAAGCAAAGCACCUGGCAAUGAAAAAGAAGAUAGCUUCGGAAAGAUGAAUAAUACAAAUCAGUGUAAACAUAUCAGUGAAUUAGUAAUAAACAAGCUUCCAGGAUACACAAUGUAGCAAUUAAUAAUAAUGGUAAAAUGUUUUAAUGUUUAAUAAGAAAACAUUUUAAAGGAAUUUGGACUUUUUUUUUUUACAAUUGUAGGCUUUCCACAGUGUUUUUCAGAUUAAUGUACAACUCACACUGCAGCUCUCUGCAGCUGGUGGUUGUUUUUCUUUUCUUUCUUUCUUUCCUUUCCUUCUUUCCUUCCUUUCUUCCUUUCUUAGUUUUAGCUAUCUCCAAAUCUUCCACAUUCUGUGAUUAGCUGCAUCUGAAGUUCAAGGGCAGUUUGAUGUAAAGGUUUUCUGUUCAUAUACAAAUCUGUUCUCAUUGAGCAUAGGAAUUUAGUGAUUUAGUGUGCUUAAAGUAAUUCUCCCAAUUUGUAAUUUGUCUUAAUUUUUCUUUCAAAAUGAUAAAAAUGAUAAAACAAAAAAUAAGUAAAGGCCACUAGAAAAGAAGUAAACUACAGUUGAUUAUAGACUACUUAAGACAAUAAUACUUAAGCAAACCAAUGUUCAUUUGCACUUUGGAAUUUAAGAGAGUUAUAAUUAUCAGUGAAGAAAAAAUUGUUCAGUAAAAUACAUACUUUAAAAAACAAGGUUUCCACAAAAACAAGCAGAACAUUUUCAGAACAUGAUUUGAAAAAUACUAUUACUUCAAUUGCAAUGCCCAGUUAUAUGUUAAUCUUAAUAUUUUUCCUAUAAUAAUAUUCUAAUCUGUGGUCAUAACAUUAAUUUAAAGUUUUGCUUCAAAAAUUUUAAAUUUUAAAUCCUAACCUAGCGCUUCCUUUUUUUUGUUUGCGCUUUGUCAUAAUCGUCAUGUCUUCAAAUUCCACCUAUUGUUAAUUUGUACAAUAUGUUGGAUGGGAGAAAUUGAAUCCUAUCUAUGGAAUGGUAUGUUGCAUAUACUUUUAAAAAAAUGUAUGAACAUAGGCAUGCAUUCCCAAAAUAUAUGCUAGUAAUAUUUAACACUUGAAAAUAUUUUUAAAAAAUAAUGAAAAACCUCUGAAUCAAAUAUAUUCAGUAGCUUUAAGGAAAAUUCAGUCAUUUUUCUUUUUUAUAGCAGGUGUAAAAAUGACAUAGCAUAAUGGGUAGCCAAUAGUAGACAUGCAUUUGUGUCUGCUAGUGAUUAAAGAUGCAGGUUCAAGUUCCCAACUUAAUUGAGCCAACUUCCAGAAAACAUGGGAUUUAUACAUUAAUACUCUUGAUACAAGCCCUGUAUGCAGAUAAGCGCAUAUCCAACUAUAAAGUUACUAAAUGAAGUGUUUACUAGCUAUAUUAGUAAGUAAAGGAGAUCAAUUCAAUGCCAGUACUGUAAAGAAUGCUGGUGUUCUUAUAAAGAACUGGCUUUUUGGCCAGAAAUAUUUUUGAUAUAAAAAGAGAGAGAUAAAAUUUUAUAGUAGAUAUUUUCGGGAUCAAGAUUUUAAAAAACAAUUUAGAAAAUUAGCUAGUUUACAACAUAUAGUACUUAGGUAGUAAGAGGGUAAUAAUAUGAAUGUAUUGUUUAUAAUUCAUGCAAAAAAUUGUUCUUGUUUCUUUUGAAGAAUCUGCUACUGGUCCUAAAAAGUAGUAACAAAAGAUUUGAUCAAACUUUUGGUAAAAGCAAGUGACUCCUGCCCGUUAUCUUAGCCAGUUAGAGAUAGUGAAUCAUCAGAAAGUGUUUUCACUUGCAUGAUGCUAUAGACUUCCCUUAGCCAUCC